GAAAGAACUCCUGGAACGGUUUUUGUACCCUUGUGCCGGCCGAGACGGCACCACGCCUUUCUCGUCUCGUCUCGUCUCGUCUCAUCUCAUACCGCAACCACCUCCACCACUCCACGCGCCUAUAUCACCACACGUCACGCUUCCACCUCCACCUCCACCUCACUGUCGAUCUCCUCCCGCUUCGAUCCAUCCAUCCAUCGCCAUGGCGGCGGAGCGCGUGGUGGUCGACGAGUGCCGCGGUGUGCUGUUCGUGUACAGCGACGGCGCCGUGGAGCGCAGGGCCGCGCCCGGGUUCGCGACGCCGGUGCGGGACGACGGGAGCGUGGAGUGGAAGGACGCGGUGUUCGACGCGGCGCGCGGGCUCGGCGUCCGCCUGUACCGGCCGCGGGAGCGCGGCGGCGGGCGGCUGCCGGUGUUCUUCUACUACCACGGCGGCGGGUUCUGCAUCGGGUCGCGCACCUGGCCCAACUGCCAGAACUACUGCCUCCGGUUGGCGGCCGAGCUGGGCGCCGUCGUCGUCGCGCCCGACUACCGCCUCGCUCCCGAGCACCGCCUCCCCGCGGCGUUCGAGGACGCCGAGAACGCGCUCCUCUGGCUCGCCUCGCAGGCGCGCCCCGGCGGCGACACGUGGGUCGCCGAGGCGGCCGACUUCGGGCGGGUGUUCGUCUCCGGCGACUCGGCCGGCGGCACCAUCGCGCACCACCUCGCCGUGCGGUUCGGCUCCGCCUCCGGGCGCGCCGAGCUGGCGCCCGCGCGCGUCGCCGGCUACGUCCAGCUCAUGCCGUUCUUCGGCGGCGUGGAGCGGACGCCGUCGGAGGCGGCGUGCCCCGACGACGCGUUCCUCAACCGCGACCUCAACGACCGCUACUGGCGGCUCUCCCUGCCGGCGGGCGGCGCCACGGCGGACCACCCGUUCUCCAACCCGUUCGGGCCGGCGAGCCCCGACCUCGCCGCGGCGGAGUUCGCGCCGACGCUGGUGGUGGUCGGCGGGCGCGACCUCCUCCGCGACCGCGCGCUGGACUACGCGGCGAGGCUGGCGGCGAUGGGGAAGCCCGUGGAGGCGCUGGAGUUCGAGGGGCAGCAGCAUGGCUUCUUCACCAUCGACCCCUGGUCCGCCGCCUCCGGCGACCUCAUGCACGCCGUCAAGCUCUUCGUUGACACCGACGGCGGCGGCGGCGCCCGCCUCGACGGCUGAUCAGCCGCCGCGUGCUCCUCUCUCGUGUGUGCCUUGUCGGCAAUAAUAAAUCGAUUCGGAUUUCAAAAUGCUAGAAAAUUCAUUUAUCAAAUGUUCAAAGUUCAGAAGGGGGUAUAUGAUCCAUUGCCAGCCAUUUGCGUAUAUUGCAGCUUGAUUUGCGAGAGGCUCCUCUAACUGAUGGGUGUCCCUGACAUGAGUCUACGAGAGUGACUCCUAUCUGUUAAAGAUUCAUGUCCCUCUAAAAAUUAGAGAACUUAUUCUGCUUUAUUUGGUAACGCUAUCUAUUAAGGAUCUAUGUCCCUCUGAAAGUUAGCGAAACUUUCUUUAAUCGAAUCAGUAUAAGAUGGUGCUAUUUCAUUAAAUAUAG